GAGAGAGCUGGCGUUGACUCCGAGGUGAGGGCAGGGCGUUCUCGUCUACUUGGGGCCGGCAGUGACGCCUUUUCAUAAAGACGGAAGGGUGGGCACGUUUCCCAGUAGCACUGCGGCUCGGGCGUUUCCGCCUCCAUGGAAACGCGGGCGUGGUCGUGACGACAAUUGGAAGCGCCAGGAAAGGAAGGGACUGUUGAGGCGGUAGCUGGGUCAUGGAGCUCCCCGAGUUGGUUCGGCGCGUGACGAAGCUACAGGCUUGCGUGAGGGGCCGUCAGACUCGGAGGCGGCUGCAGAGCCUGAGAGCCGAGUAUGAGGAGGUGGUGCGGCAGGUGGAGGGAGACUUGGGCGGGCAGCCGCGCUGGGUGGGACGCUGGCUUCCGAGGCCCGUUUUCUCCCCGGAGGCGCGGAGAAGACCCUGCGGCCCCAGGACAGAAGGAGGCAGCCGCCUGGACCUUGUUCAGGAGCCCCCCGGCAGACUCCAGAGUGAAGAACCAGAGACAGACCGAGGCCAGAAGGAACCUUCUCCCGUGAAGGGGCCUGAGCAGCAAGAUGGUUUCAGGGUCAGCCAGGAAGGUAGCCCCCAGCCCAGCCUCUUGAUGGAGGCUGGUGACCCGAUGCUGAUAAGGAUCCCAGUAUCUGCUUCUCAGACAAACAUUAGAUCUCCCAGAAGAUUAGUUGGAGAGGGCUGUACCUCAAGCACUCACAUCACCAUAAUACCAUCAUCUGAGUGGCCAAGCUGUCAGCGAGACUGGGAAGCUGAUACUGCUGGGAAGGGCCUCCCCAUGGCUCACUACUGAAGACUCCUGUUCUCCAACCUGUUCCAGUGGGCCAGAGUGAAGUCAGAGCACAACUUCAGCUUUGUUCUCAAGGCCAAUUGCAGCCCCGUAUGCCAGUACCUCUUGUCUCCUUCCUUGGCUCCAGGGACCAGACUGGUAUCAGAUUUCUAAGCCUCAGUACAAACCGUGUUCGAAAUAGGUGGGCUUUGAGCCUGGCCUAGGACUAUCAACUCUACACCUGGAAAAAGGUGUGAGACCAUAAUCCUGCCUCCCAGCAUCAAGUCUGGGGUUAGAUGGACCCUGAUUCAGAGGGCAUCCUUUGGGCAGACAGAGAACAGAAACUUGGUGAGAACUGAAGGAGAGAGUAAGAGAAUCAAGUCACUGGGUUAGAGGAAGAAUUAAACACCUUCCAUUCUGGA